AUGAGCCUGAGCGAGAAGUUCGACAAAUCCUCCGGCUCUCCGCCAGCUGAGCCAGACGAGGCGGCCGUAGGGAAACCCGAGAGCGGCUUCGAGAUCAACGCAUCCGGCCAUCGCGACCAGCUGGAACGCCAAUACGGCCUUUUGCGCGUGGCCGGUGCCGCCAUCACCAUCGACAAUGCCUGGGUUGUGCUGGGCUCGUCCAUCUCGGUCUCCAUUCUCAAUGGUGGACCUCCUGGGAUUAUUUAUGGUUUGAUCGUCGCCACGUUUUACUACAGCUUCAUCGGGCUCAGCCUGGCUGAGCUGGCCUCGGCCCUGCCGUCCUCCGGCGGUGUCUACCACUGGGCCAACAUGGUGGCCGGACGGAAACACGGCCGUGUCCUCGGCUUCUUCACCGGCUGGAUCAACUUCUUCGGCUGGAUGUUCGGCCUCGCCUCGCUGUCGCAGUCGACGGCCAACACGCUCGUGCAGCUGUACGCCACGUACCACGGCGCCUACGUCGCGCAGUCCUGGCAGGUCUACGUCGCCUACCUCGGCGUGCUCUGGCUCAGCAUCGGCUGCGUCGUCCUGGCCAACCGACGGGUGCCACACACGCAAAACUUUGGCAUGUUUGUCAACAACGAGACCGGCUGGGGCGGCGGUGUAGCCUUUCUGACCGGCGUCCUCAACGGCGCCUUUACCAUCGGCACGCCCGAUUCUAUCAGCCACAUGGCCGAGGAGGUCAAGGAGCCGCGCCGCAACCUACCCAAGGCUAUCCUGAUCCAGAUCAGCCUUGGCGGCCUGUCUGCCUUUCUGUUCGCCAUUGUGCUCUGCUACGCCAUCGAUGACAUCUCUGUGCUGCAGGGCGGCGUCAACACCUUCCCGCUCGCUGCCAUCUACCACCAGGCCACCGGCAGUGCCGGCGCCACCUUUGGCCUGCUCUUCAUCAUCUUCCUCUCGCUCUUCUGCGGCGUCAUCGGUACCGUCCUGACCAGCACCCGUACUUACUGGGCCCUCGCCCGCGACAAUGCCGUGCCGAUGUCUUCUGUCUUUGGCCGUGUCAACGAGACCCUCAGUUGCCCCAUCGAGUCGACCCUGUUUGUUGGCCUCAUCGUUUCUGGCCUCGGUGCUAUCCCUAUCGGCAGCUCCGUCGGCUUCUCCAACCUCACCGGCUCCUUCAUCAUCCUCAACUCCGUCUCUUAUGCCAUCCCUUUUGCCGCCAACGUCCUGACUGGCCGCAAGAACUUUAUCCGAGGCUCGUUCCACCUCGGCAGGUAUGGCUUCUUCGUCAACACUAUGUCUGUCCUCUUCAUCAUCCUCUUCGAUGUCUUUUUCUGCUUCCCUGCUGCCCUGCCUGUCGACACGUCGACCAUGAACUACAACUGUGUUAUUCUUGCUGGUGUCGUCUUCUUGACUGCUGUCUGGUGGUUUGUCCACGCCAUCCGCCACUAUCCGGGGCCUCAUCUACAACUUGAUUUCACGCAUGACACAUGA